ACUUCCCCACACGACUGCUUCCUGUCCAUUCAACGAUUCUUUGGGCUAUUGUCACUUGGAGAGGCAUUUUAACUUCUACAACUGAAGUAACGGAUUUGGAGUAUGAUUUUAAGGCUCAUCACUUCUGAAAAAUCUUCUAUGGAAAAACAAGGAAACCAAAUGAUAGCUGGGACAAAGUUCAGCCAGAGAGACGCCUUUAGAGAAUCCUGAUCUCUAAUGUUUCUUUCCUAAACUGCUCCAUUAAAGAUUUUGGAGGAGCAUCUUGUCCUGUCUACAUUAAUAAUCAGCCACUCUUCAAUCCAUUAAUUCUGGAAAAAUGGUUGGAUUUGGACCUGCAGAUGUUCCUCCAUCAGCAGCUGUCAAGUUUGUAGGAGCAGGAGCUGCAGGCUGCAUCGCUGACCUGCUCACCUUUCCCCUGGACACGGCCAAAGUGCGGCUUCAGAUACAAGGAGAGGUCAGGCCUUCAGCAGCUGCAGGGAAAGGGUCUGCAGUGAAGUACCGGGGAGUGUUCGGCACCAUCUCCACCAUGGUGCGUACAGAGGGGCCCAGGAGCCUUUACAGUGGCCUGGUGGCAGGACUCCAGAGGCAGAUGAGCUUCGCCUCUGUCCGCAUUGGUCUCUAUGACUCUGUCAAACAAUUCUACACCAAAGGCUCUGAUAAUGUUGGUAUUGGCAGUCGGCUGCUCGCAGGAAGUACCACUGGGGCCAUGGCGGUUGCUUUUGCUCAGCCUACAGAUGUAGUGAAGGUCCGCCUCCAGGCACAGACCAGGUCUCCGGGGCAAGCCAGACGCUACUGUAGCACUAUUGAUGCUUACAAGACCAUUGCAAAAGAAGAAGGCAUUUGUGGUCUGUGGAAAGGUACAGCUCCAAACAUUGCACGAAAUGCAAUUGUCAACUGCACUGAGCUGGUGACAUACGACUUCAUCAAGGAUACACUCCUUAAGUCCACUUCCCUGACAGAUAAUCUGCCCUGCCACUUUGUAUCAGCCUUUGGGGCUGGGCUGUGCACAACAGUGACUGCGUCUCCAGUUGAUGUGGUCAAGACAAGAUACAUGAACGCUGCUCUUGGCCAGUACAGCAGUGUGCUCAAUUGUGCUGCUGCCAUGAUGACCAAAGAAGGGCCGCUGGCCUUUUAUAAGGGGUUCAUGCCGUUUUUCCUACGCCUGGGCUCGUGGAACGUGGUGAUGUUUGUGACAUACGAGCAGCUGAAACGAGCCAUAAUGGCAGCGAAUCACAACUUCACAGCUAUACCGUAACCAUUAUUGUCUGUGAGAAGGUGGAUGUUGUAGAACAGAGAUGUUGUUUACACAUUUAUUUACGUUUUGUUGCCUCCUUGUGUAUAUUUCAAAGUGUCAAAGUUAAACAAAUGGUGUUGAUACGUCUUUCUCUCUCUCUUUCUCGUGACCACAUGAGUCACAGGAUAGCAACACAUGUAUUAGAAUCUGUUCACUAUGUAAAAGUGAGAGCUUGUUUGAUCAGAUACUUUCUGUCGGCGGAGAGCUUCUUUGGAAACUGGAUGUCAAAAGUAAUGAUGAGGUUUCCCCUCUGGUCGGGAUCCUGGGACAGCGGCAUUCCCUCUCCAGUCACCACUUUGUGGUACGAAGGGCUGAAACAAAUCAGAGACAGGAAAAUGGUAAUUGAUGCACAUGAUGCACACACCUAAAACAAUUAUUCAUCAAGAAAUGUCUUUGUAAUAUCAGUGCACUAUUUAUAUAAAGGGCUUGUAUUUCUUAUGAUCAGGUCUCUCUAUUUUGAUCUUUAUGUUUAAAUCAGCUUUGAGAGUGUCGAAUUAAUAGGAUGACAAAACAUGAAUUUCAGUUAUAUCGUAUUCCACUUACUGCACAAUGUCAUUGACAGGAAUACUAAUUAGUUUGCCAUCUAGUGUCUGCACAUCCACAGAGAACCCAGUCAAGGCCUGUGGGAAAGGUGCAGUGUUAUUCGGCUUAAACCAAAUCUUUAAGUAUGAACAAUAAUUAUUCUGCCGUCCAUCAACACGACUUACCAUCUGCAGAGUGACUUGAGC